UGAAGCCCUCCGCGUCGCCGCGCCCUUAGGCUGACACUCAGUUAAGCCUCACUUCCCGCUCAAUUCGGUUCCUUUUUGCUCGUAUUUGAUUUUGAAUAUCAAUUUUGGCGCGCGCCUUUGCCAGUCAACCCUUGCUCAGAAUUGGCUUAUUUUCUUGGUUUAAGACUUUCGCGUCACCUCCUGAUCACCUCCUGAUCACAUCCUGCUCGAGAGAGUCCAGCUAGACCACUAGCCCCAAUUCAGACCAUUCGACAUGGCAAUAGACUCAUCUUCUGACGCCGAGUCAGUUCUCUCGACCUCCCCUCUUCCCACAAGCGCGCCAUCCUCUCCUCCGCCGGCCCACGAGCCCUCUGAAGCCAAAAUGGAUUCGCCCGACCUCCAAGACCAGCAAUUACUUGCUGAGGAGGAAAAGGCACGCAUCGAGAACCAAAAAGCGGAGGAGAAACGGAAAGCAGCAUUGUUGAAGAAGAAGAGAAAGAAAACAGCCGAGACCAAAGCCGAGCGCGAGGCCAAGGCGCGAGAGUUGGACGAACUCCUGCUCCAGAGUGCCGCUUUCAGCGACAUUUUGACCAAGAAGACCGAAGUCCUGGGCCGCGUGGGCAGUGGGCUCGAUGGAAAGACCCUUGGCGAACAUGAUCUCAAGAUGGCCAAGCAGCCCAAGUGUCUGGUUGGCGGCACAAUGCGGGACUAUCAGCUUGAAGGUUUGACCUGGAUGUACGAGAUCUGUCUCCAGGGAAUGAGUGGCAUUCUUGCCGACGAGAUGGGCCUAGGCAAGACCAUCCAGACCAUCUCGUUGAUAGCUUUGCUGCGCGAGCAGGAGGGAUACCUUGGCCCGCAUCUCAUUGUCGCGCCGUUGAGCACUCUGUCCAACUGGAUGGACGAGUUCCACAAAUGGACACCCUCUAUCCCAGUUGUUAUGUACCACGGGACUCCUAACCAGCGUAGUGAGAUCCUGGAUACCAAGAUUAUGAGACACAUUCACAGCGGAAGGCCAACGGAUAAGUUCCCAGUCGUCUGUACAAGCUAUGAGAUGGUCUUGAAGGACCGCGCAGCCUUGUCCAAGAUCAAUUGGGAAUUCAUCAUAAUAGACGAAGGACACCGCAUGAAGAACUUUGACUCGAAGCUGUUCAGGGAGCUCAAAACAUUCAGAUCAGCUACCCGCCUGCUGAUUACCGGAACCCCUUUGCAGAACAAUUUGAAGGAGCUGUGGUCUCUGCUCAACUUCCUCUUGCCCAACGUCUUCACCAACUGGGAGGCUUUUGAGAGCUGGUUUGACUUCAGCGAUCUGCAGGAUGAAGAGGGCACCGAGGAGUUCAUCGCCAGCCAGAUGAAGCAGGAUCUGGUCAAGAAGAUCCACCUCGUCCUCCAACCCCUUCUCCUACGGAGAGUCAAGGCGGACGUGGCCAGUUACCUGCCCCAGAAGCGCGAAUAUGUUCUUUUCGCUCCAAUGACAAAGGAGCAGACGGAUCUGUACAAUGUGAUCAACGAUGAGAACAUCGAUACCCGGGCCUACCUGGAGGGCAAGGUUGUUGAACGUCUGACAGGUGCUACGAAUAGCCCGGCUAAUUCGGGCAAACCGAGUCCACUGACUUCGAGGACCAACAGCGCUAGUCCCGGAGCUCGAGAGGUCGAGACGAAUGGCAAGUCGCUGAAGUUGAGCCUGAGGGCCAGCCCUCGAUCUGCGAAGAAGGCCUCGGUCUCUCCUUCUGGGCCGAAGCCGAAGAACGCUUUCGCGAUGAUGAUGGGUAAGAAGAAGCGAGGUCCUGAGCCGACUUCGACUGUUACGCCGGAUGUGGUCGAGACGCCCACCAAACGGGGUGGUAAGAGGAAGGGCGCUCCAACCAAAGAAUCGUCAACACCCAAGAGCGCGAAAUCGAGCCGACAAUCAACGCCAGCAAGCGCGCGCGGCCGUGCCCGAAGAGCUAAAACCAAAUAUGAAGAUUCGAACCCGUCUGAUGACGACCUCCUCGACGAUGACGAGUUCGAGGCGAAGCUGGUGAAAGAGAUUGCCGAAGCGGACGUGCAGAAGACUGACGUGGACACCAUGAGUGCAGAGGACUUUGAGCGGGCGAUGACCCUUGAUCUAGCCAAGAAGGAGAUUGCCAACAAGAAGCUCGGAAACCCCCUCUUGCAGUUGCGCCUGGUCUGCAACAGCCCGCACAACUUCUACAACCCAUGGACUUCGGAGUCUGGGGUUCCGGUCGACGAAACCAUCGUCACGGCAUCGGGAAAGAUGCUCCUCCUGGACCGUCUCCUUCCGGCUCUAUUCGAAAGAGGCCACAAGGUGCUGAUAUUCUCGCAGUUCAAGACGCAGCUUGACAUCCUGGAGGACUACUGCCGGGAACUCCGAGACUGGAGCGUCUGCCGCAUCGACGGCGGAGUAGCCCAGGAAGCCCGCCGCGCACAGAUAGAAGAGUUCAACACGAACGACAAGGUGAAGAUCUUCCUGCUGUCGACGCGGGCCGGGGGCCAGGGCAUCAACCUCGCGAGCGCCGACACGGUCAUCCUGUUCGACAGCGACUGGAACCCGCAGCAGGACCUGCAGGCGCAGGACCGCGCCCACCGCAUCGGCCAGACGCGACCCGUCGUGGUGUACCGGCUGGCCACCAAGGGCACCGUGGAGGAGGAGCUGCUGAUGAGCGCCGACGCCAAGCGCCGGCUCGAGAAGCUCGUCAUCAAGAAGGGCGGCUUCCGCACCAUGGGCCAGAAGCUAGACGCGCGCGAGGACCUGGACAAGGACACGCUGCGCGCCCUCCUCCUCAAGGACGGGCAGGUGUACAAGUUCUCCGGGGACAAGGAGGUGUUGAGUGAUAGGGACUUGGCCGUCUUGUGUGACAGGAGCGACGAGGCUUACGAGCGCGCCGCCACCGGUGAAGGCAAUGCCGACGGUUAUAGAGUAAUUGAGACCGGUGCCAACGGCAUCACCGCGACGGCCAAUGCCCAAUCCGCUUGAUAUCGGCAGUUUUGCUCGCUUUGGAAGGCGAAAAGGGAGGGGGGUUUCUGACAGUCCUGCUUUGAAAACGGCCCAGCCAUUGGCGUUAUAAAGGUGUAAGGGGUCAAGGACUUUUUGUAAUGAUAUUGUCAUAGUGUCUUUGCCGAACUGCAUCUUGUGGCGGACGAGAGAGUUAAGAAGUAACAAAGAAUUGUAAACAUACAUUGUGCCACAAUUAUUACAGACCACGACGGAUCUAUUGGGUAUCGCCUCCAAGGUCCAGCUAAUGUCUGUCUAGUCCGCCAACAGAGCCAAUGAACCAAAUCCCAACUCCCAGACCAUCCGUGCAUCAUAGCUGCCAAACAACGCCAAGGGGAG